UCAGACUUUGGACACGGGACUUAUGGCUUAUGCUGCUAUUACUUCUCUUAUGAACACCAUACAACAAUCUAUGCAACUUACUAGAUGUAAUUUGCGAUCGUUCUAUGAAAAGCUUGAAUCCUUGAGAUCUAUUAUGGAGAAACUUUGUAAUAUAACAGAAGAUAUUGAAGCACUGACAAGCUUGGAAGCUGAAAUCAAAGAGGUAGCAUUCAGCGCAGAAGAUAAGGUUGACUCGAGAUCAAUAAAAGUUCUUUGUUUAAAAACACCAACUUUACGAAACAACGCUUUCUGGAAACUCUGUUGUUGCUUGGAACAAGCGGUAGAACGCAUUGAUUCCAUCAUGAAACAGUGGAUGGCGAUACGGGACUGGUACACUAACAUCAAAGGUUUGAAAGCACAAAAGUUUUCUCUAGCCAGUAUACCUGAACGUGUUGUAGAGCCCGAGAAUAUUAUGGUUGGCCAUGAAAUUGAGUUCGAGAUGAUGCAGGAUCAGCUUGCCAGAGGAUCAAGUGAACUAGAAGCUGUCUCCAUUAUAGGGAUGGGUGGCAUCGGUAAGACAACUUUAGCUAACAAGCUUUACACAGAUUCAUUCAUUAUGUCUCGCUUUGACAUUCGUGCAAAAGUUACUGUUUCACAAGAGUAUUGCGUGAGAAAUGUACUACUAGGACUUCUUUCUUCUAUAAGUGGAAGGACUAAUGAAUAUUUUGAGCAAGAUGAUGGCCAACUAGCAGACCAACUGCAAAAGCUUCUAAAAGGCAGGAGAUACUUGAUCGUCAUUGAUGACAUAUGGACUACAGAAGCUUGGGAUGAUAUAAAGUUAUGUUUCCCGGACUACACCAAUGGAAGCCGAAUACUCUUGACCACUCGGAAUGUGGAAGUAGCUGAAUAUGCUAGCUCAGGUAACCCUCCUUGUCAAAUGCGCCUUUUAGAUUUUAAUGAAAGUUGGGAUUUACUGCACAGAAAGGUCUUUGAGAAAGAUUGUUUCUCUCCUGAAUUUGAAAAAAUUGGAAAAGAAAUUGCAUUAAAAUGCGGAGGAUUACCUCUAGCAAUUGCUGUGAUUGCUGGACUUCUCUCCAAAAUUGGUAAAGUAUUGGAUGAGUGGCAAAGUGUUGCCGAGAAAGUAAGAUCAAUGGUAAGCACUGAUGUUGACGUCCAAUGCAUGAGAGUGCUUGCUUUGAGUUAUCAUCACUUGCCACAUCACCUAAAAGCAUGUUUUUUGUAUUUUGGAAUCUUCCCAGAGGAUGCUGAGAUUUAUGCCGAUAAACUCUUGGAAUUAUGGGCAGCGGAUGGAUUUUUGAAGGUAGAAGAGAUGAAAAGCAUAGAAGAAGUGGCAGAAAAAUGUCUAAAAGAUCUAAUAGAUAGAAGUUUAAUUUCCAUCCACUAUGUGACAGGUGAUGGACGUGUCAAGUUUUGUAGAAUACAUGAUGUGAUCCGUGAACUCUGCUUGAAGGAAGCUCGAAAUAUGAAUAUUGUGAAUUUUAUUGGAGAAAAGAAUGAUCAAAAUCCAUCUGCACAAUCCAUGCAUUUUUCCUCAAAUAGUCGAGGUCGGACCAGUACCCAAUUGAACUACCGUAUUAUUGUGAAAAAAUUGGCUAGAUGUCCUAAUAAUGAGGCUCGUUCUAUUUUCUUUUUCAAUAGUAAGUCAGGGUUCAUGUCAGAGUUGUUGCCUUUCAAGCUAGUAAGAGUACUAGAUCUUUCUUUAAUGAAUUUUAUUGUUUUUCCAAGCGGGAUACUUGAUCUAAUUCACUUGAGAUACCUAGCUUUGCGUCUUUCUCCUACUGUGCAUUACUAUCUAGGAAAAGAGACUCUCUCAUCAAUAGACAUUCCUCCUUCCAUAUCUAGACUAUGUUAUUUGGAAACUUUUAUUCUUGGUCAGCCACAUUACGAGGCCCCACGACAUCCUCUUAUAUUACCAUCGGAAAUUUUGACUAUGCCACAACUGAGACACCUCCGCUUGGGCUGGAAUUACUUGCAUUAUCAUGAGCUUACAGAGAACAGUUUGGUUCUGAAAAAUUUGCGACAUCUCUCAGGGUGGAAUCCUUGGUAUUGUACUGGAUCUUUCUUCAGACUAUUUCCCAAUUUAAAGAAGUUGGAAAUAUGGGGUGUUGAAGAAGACUUUCGUAGUCGCAAGGACCUCUAUGAUUUUCGCUGCUUAGAUCAACUCGAGGAAUUGGAGUUUCAUAUGUCUCAUCUAAAUUAUCAUGCUUGCUUUCUAGAAAGCAUUACACCUUCAGGUGCUACUCCACAAGAUCCUCUGAGGUUUCUGAAAAUGCCAGGUCCAACUCCUACACAUACUAUUCCACCUACUCCAGAUGCUGUUCCACCUUUGCUCCUACCUCCUCCGGAUGCUUUUCCACAAAAUCUGAAGACAUUAAGUCUUUAUAUGACUUGUUUGUGGUGGAAGGAUUUGAGCAUUGUUGGUAAAUUGCCCAAACUCGAGGUUCUUAAACUAAUAGCUGAUCCUUGUAAAGGGAAAGAGUGGGAAGUAGUUGAGGAUGGUUUUCCUUGCUUGAAGUUCUUGUACCUGGAAGAAGUGGAUUUUAAGUACUGGAGAGCUAGUUGUCAUCACUUUCCCUGCCUUGAACGACUAGUUAUUGUACAUUGUUGGUGUUUGGAUUCAAUCCCUCAAGAUUUUGCAGAUAUAACCACACUUGUUCGUAUUAGUGUAACUGGGUGUGCAGAAUCUGUUGGGAUUUCUGCCGAGCAAAUUCAACAGGACAUGCUAGACAACUAUGGUAGUUCAUCCCUUGUGGUCCAUAUAGGAUCCGUGUUCAAGCCUAAAGAGGAAGAGGAAGAGGAAGAGGAAGAAGAAACAUAUUGAUCAACUUGAGGAAUUGAAAUAUCAAAUGAAAAUGUCAUUGGUACAGUUGCUUUGAUCAUUCUCAAGAUUAAUAAAAUUAAAUUAAUCAUGAUUAUACUUCCUAAAUUUGGCCAUCAACAAUAUCUCUUUUGUACUUUAAAGAUUAAGAACUACUCAAGAAGAUAUAAUGUCUUGGGAAAAUAGGUGAUCACAAAUAAGAAUCUGAUCUUUAUUUGAGCCACUAAGUUUAAUUAUACCUUUUCCCUAUUAUACAACCGUUUUUGUUUAAAUAAAAAAUAGUUUUUGUAAUCCAAACAGUAAAGUGUUAAGUUUUUUUAAAAAAAAAAAAUUGCUUCAUGUGAAAUUGUUCCAACAGUAAAAAUCUGCUAUAACAUAUAAUUCUUUAUAGCAAGCUGAAUACAGUAACCUACAAUUACCUUCUUUAAUAAGUUAAAUUGCAUUGACAGCGUAAAAAUUCUUUACGUUGUCAUUGGAUCUAUUCAAAUCCGUCCAAUAAUGUGUAAGUUCUUAUACGUACAUGCUCUUUCUUACUAUAAUUUUCUCUCGUUCCUUAAUUUUGGGAAAUCUAUUUUUUUUUUUUUCUGCAGAAACAGGUGAUGACCUUAAUUAAGGUGCCACACUGAUUAGCCAGUUCUAUGAAAGAAAAGUCAAUUCAUAACUUAAUUUUAUAUGAUUUUGAGUAUAGCCGUCUGUCAGUGUUUUUUUAAAUGCUCCAAAUUUUAUGUACAUAUUUAGCAAUUCCAAUUUUGGUGGAUUUUUUAUUUGUAUGUUCUAAAUUUUGGUAGGUCAAAAUUGGAGUUUUGUUUAGUCUUUUCUAGAUGUUGGUGGAUUAUAAUAAAAAUAGACCUGUAUAAACAAGGAAAUGAAAACUUCUCCUUCAGUAAGCAGGGUAAGGUUGCGUACGAUAUCUGCAAAGUUGUAUCCAUAUGACCAGGAAGUCAAGGGUUCAAGCCGUGAAAACAACCUCUUGCAGAAAUGCAGGGUAAGACUGCGUACGAUAGACCUUUGUAGUCUGGCCCUUCUCCGGACCCCACACAUAGCGGGAGCUUAGUGCACCGGACUACCUUUGUUUAUUAUUAUUAUUAUUAUCAGAAGGAAGAAGAUGUCUUACAAGCUUAAGAGAUAUGGACCUCAACAGAUGUUUCAUAGUUGUCUUGCAUGUCCUGUUGAAUCUGCUCGGCGAAUUCCCGACAGAAUUUUCAGUAGCUUAUAUCAAUUAGAGCAAGUGUGACUAUAUCUGCAAAAUCUUGGGGUAUUGAA